CCAUUUAACCGGUAAAAAGAAAGUCCCUCCCACUUCACCAACCAACGACCCAACACUUCUCUACCCUAUACACAAUCUCCUUCUAUAAAUACCUCUUCAACAUUUUCUUUUCAUCUCAGGCUCACCACUUCUUCAUCCACAAAACAAGUUAUUAAUCUCUAGUGAGUCACCUUACAACCCGAUCACAUGGCGGCGGUUAACAACGGCAGCGACAAUCAACCCGCAAAGCACCAAGAAGUUGGCCACAAGAGCCUUCUUCAAAGUGAUGCACUUUAUCAAUAUAUUCUUGAAACUAGUGUCUACCCUAGGGAACCUGCACCCAUGAAAGAGCUACGUGAGGUUACUGCUAAACACCCUUGGAACCUGAUGACAACAUCAGCUGAUGAAGGGCAGUUUUUAAACUUGCUUUUGAAACUUAUCAACGCCAAAAACACCAUGGAGAUUGGUGUCUACACGGGUUACUCACUUUUGUCCACCGCUCUAGCUCUCCCUGAUGACGGAAAGAUAUUGGCUUUGGACAUCAACCGUGAGAAUUAUGAAAUAGGUCUUCCCAUCAUUGAAAAAGCUGGUGUUGCACACAAGAUUGAUUUUAGAGAGGGCCCUGCACUUCCUGUUCUUGAUAAAAUGAUCGAAGAUGAAAAGUUUCACGGAAGUUUUGACUUUAUUUUUGUGGAUGCUGACAAAGACAACUAUCUUAACUACCACAAAAGAUUGAUUGAUCUUGUCAAAAUUGGGGGAGUGAUCGGCUAUGACAACACUCUCUGGAACGGGUCGUUGGUGGCCCCACCGGAUGCGCCGCUUAGGAAAUAUGUCCGAUAUUACCGAGACUUUGUGUUGGAACUUAAUAAAGCGUUGGCUGUUGAUCCGAGAGUGGAGAUAUGUCAGCUUCCAGUUGGGGAUGGAAUCACUCUAUGUCGUCGUGUAAGCUAAAUUCGAUGACUGAUCGAAAGAGGGGGUCGCUAGAUCACCCAUGGCAUGAUAUUUCUCCCCAAUGUCUGUUUCAAAUUUGUAAAACUACUUCUAUUUUGAUGUAUGUUUGUUAUAUCGGAAAUCAUGAUAAAACAAUAUCUUUUUUAUAUAAUUGUUUUCAAGAUAA